AUGAGUUGUAGUCGUUUAACAGCAAUUAUUAAUAUAAGUUUGGUCCUAGCUGGUUCCAUAAUUGCUCUAUCCAUGCUUGCAUUUGGUAUCUUUGGUACUGGUGGUGCUAGUGUUAUUACUCGAAAAAUUUAUGAUCAUAAAGAGAUGUUUGCCUUAGUGGGAGAAAUUCUUGAACCAAAGCAAAUUAUAUUUAAUCGAUUACAACCUGGUACACAGGAAUCGAAUCGACGACAUCUAAAAAUAUUAUUUAUGAAAUGUGUUUAUGAAGUUAUUACAGGAUCAUUUCAAAGAAAUAUAAUACUAACAGAUAAAGAAAAGACUAUAUGUCAUUAUUGUCAUGUCUUAAGUCAAAAUUCAUCGGCAUUCUUUCAUCAUACAUAUGAAUGUUUAGAUCAUGGCAAUGAACAUUCGAAAAAAUCAACAGCCGAACGAAUUUAUUUCAAUAGAAAACUUAUUCAAAAUUCUACCGACAGAGCAAUAAUAGCAGAUGUUGAACACAAGAGUGAAACUGAACCAGUACACAAUUCAAUUUCAUCCUCAUCAUCCACUGCACAUAAAUGUUCAUUAUGUCUAAUUCAGACGUCUAAUGUUGCAUUUUUACCAUGUGGACAUGUAGCAACCUGUGAAGAAUGUUCGGUUAAGGUAGAGAAAUGUGUUCUAUGUCGAUGUAUAAUUACAAAGAAACAAAAACUCUAUUUCAGUUAGAAUGAAAAUGUUUUGAUGAUAUUAAUCAUAUAUCUGAAAUUUGUUUUCUUUUUAAACGUAUUAGUGAUUCAGUAUAUCAUUGAACUUCUAAUAAUUUGUUUACACAUGUAUAAGUGUCAUGUUUUUCUAUGUUGAAUUCUUUAUCAAUAUAAAAGUAAGACAUACAUAAUCAACAAGACAGAACAGUCGAAAUACUGUAAGUUUGAUGGCAACUUUAACAGAACCCUUUUUUCGAAAAUUCUUCGCUCCUGUAAUGUAAUAAUCUAUUGGCUACAGAAAAUAGCGUUAUUUAGUUGUUUUGUUCAAAAAUUUCAACAAAAAUAGUCUCAUUGUUAUAUAUUAUUAUUUUAUGAAACGAUCGGUACUGACUUCAAAAUAAAAAUACUGAUCUAUGAAUUAUAAUUAAAAAAGAACUAAAUGACAUAGCCUUAAGAAUGUGUCUGAAAAUGGUGUGUAAAUGGGUUUCUGUAAGACUAUUUGAUGAGAACUUUUUUAGCCAGAAAACUUUGCCUGAUUUCGUAGUUUUGGUAGAUUUUUAAUUGUAGCACGAUAUACUUAUGAAUUUUUCGGGUGUGGGUGUGGGUAUGGGUGUUGGUCUUCUCUUAACUUACACUCAUACCACACCCACAAUUGAUUGUUAAGUUGCCCAUCAAUAUAUCCUUGUUGGUAGAAUAAUGUACCCUUUUAGCGGUGUCGUAUAGUAAUCUACUCUUCAAAGUAUUACCAUAAACGCUUCUUUAGAAGGCAUAGAAUAAUCAACCUUUAGCGAUGAACUGAGAAGCGCUUUCCUUAAGCCGUAUAAUGAUCUACUCCUGAUUGUUGAAUAAGAAACCUUUUUAGCAAAUAUUUACGAUAAUCUACCUCUAUUCGUUUAAUAAUAAACCUUUCAAACCAAAAUAUGUAAUAUAAAACACUUAAAAAAGUUAUGUAUACCCUUAGCGUAUUCAAAUAUCCUUAUGAUCAAUAGUCCUUCAUCUCAUGAGCCUUUCAAGGGUAUAUAUCAUCCGCAUAAACCCUUCAAGAGUUUAUGAAAAAAAAAACUUUGAUGGCAAGGGGUUGAUUAUUCCAUGCUUUUUUACAGUGUACUGUUGUUUAUCGACAGCAACCCAUUUUUUGUUGUUUUCUCUCGUCGAUGUCACAUGUUAACUAUUGUUUCACUUUAUCUUUCACAUUCCACGGCAAACAUACAUUUUUUUUUAUCAUCAACAUAUUCAAUUCAUGGCAAAGGCAACUGUUAGUGAUCGAGCGAAGUGCUAUAUGUGUCAAAAAGAAAAAAAUACGUAUAAGUGCAAUGGAUGUUCACAAGAUUUUUGUUUCGAUCAUUUAGUAGAGCACCGUCAAAUCAUCGGUAAACAAUUCGACGAAAUUGAAAAUGAUCGUGAUCAAUUUUAUCAAAGACUUGCUGAACAAAAACAAGUUCCAAGAAACAUAGCAUUGAUACAGAAAGUGAAUGAGUGGGAGGAAGAUUCGAUUAAGAAGAUUAAACAAACGGCCGAAGAA